AUGUUGAGAAUGAAGGCUUUGGAUGAAUCAGCUUGGAAGGAUAUGAAAGAGGUGCUAGCACAAUAUUGGAGCAGGGACAAACCUAUUAUCACCCUUUUAGAAGGGAUAAAGCAUUACUUGACUAAGAGAAUCACUAACCAGAAGGAACUCAUGAUAAAGUAUAUUGGUAAUGUGUGUCCAAGAGUUCAGUUAGCUUUAGAGAAGAGUAAGAAGUUUGCUGAGAGUUGGUCUCCAACUUGGCAUGGUGAUGAUAACAUGGCUAUUUUUGGUGUAAUAAAUGAUAUAAAAACGUAUUGUGUCAACAUCAAAGAAGGUACAUGUGCUUGUAGGAAAUGGGACUUAACUGGGAAUCCCUGUAGCCAUGCUAUAACAUGUAUAUGGCAUAAUAAGAAACAUCCUGAAGAAUUUGUUUCUGAGUAUCAUAGGAAGACAACUUUCCAGAACACAUACUCUCACAUCAUAUAUCCUACAAAUGGCCCACAACUAUGUCCUGUAGAUGUUACAUUGAUUGUUAGUACACCAAUGAUGAGAGGGGAAAUUGGAUGUCCGAAAAAGCUGAGGAACAAGAGGAAUGAUGAACCAAAGAAUCCACAUGUUCUGCCAAGAAAGAUAACAACUGUCACUUGUACAAAAUAUGGAUCCAUGAGGCAUAAUAAAAGAACAUGUAAAGGGAAGAGAGCAAUAGAUAUGGUUAUGACAAAGGGAGGGAAUAAGAAACAAAAGAUCACAAAGGGAAAGAGUAAGGGCAAUGGCAAGAAGACACAUAAUGCAUCACAACCCACACAAGAAGUUGGUUCAUGCUCACAGGGACCAUCAGCUACUCAAGAUUAG